UUAGCCCUGGUAUCCAUGGUUACUACGUCAAGUCGUCUGUAUCUCCUGAAAACUGCGCAGUGCGAGAGUGCAUGCUGGAAGCUGUUUCAAGCUCUUCAUUGGAAAUAUUUCCCCAUAGUGUCGCUAAGAAAACAUUCAGACGAAAUGGAAGAUAUUGCAGCAAAAUUAGGUGACAAGGAAGUUGACGAAAUUCUUCUCGUAUGUGGAAAACAGCAACGUAAAAGAAAAAGGAAAUUAAACCAUUUGACACCAGAAUACCACAAGCGACUGAAAACAACAGCCAUGAAGGAACUUCUUAUUUGGAUGGCUACGGGAGUUCCUGAGAAGUACAUGACACACUUAGUUUCACUAUCGUCUGGGUUGCCUCAGAUGUUUGGACUCAAGACCCAAGUUUGUUUAUCGGAAGCUAAUGUUAUGGAAAACCCAACAACACCUGAACAUCUACAUGAGCCAACUCCCAUCGUGCAAAUGGAAGAAAGCUGCAUUAUUGAAGAAACUGAGAGACUUAUUAAUUUAAGUGAAUGUACUGAAGAGCCACAAACUAAUAAUGACCAAGCAGUGUUUCGUCUCCCUCUUGAUAAACAGCAAUCAAAUGAAGAUGAAGAUUUAUUUGAAGGGACACCGGUGAUUAAUAUUUCUACCAGUUCUGCGCCAAUUAACAACAAACCGUUGUCAUUUAAAAGAGUUCUUUGUCAUUGGGCAGCCAGUACCAUGCAAAAGAAAAGCCACCUCACUUACUUGCUGGAGUUGCUCAAAGAGCAUAGACCCCCUUUAGAUUACGAUGCCUUGCCAUCUUCCGGCCAGCAAUUGAUGUACAUCGACGGGCGUGAUGUGCCCCAUUUAUCUUCUACGACAGAACAGGACCCACCUAGUCAAAACAGCAAGAAUGGGAAAAAACACCGAUUGCCACCCGUCGUUGAUUUAGAUAAUAAAGGAAAUGGGAGGUACACUCACUUCGGUCUUGAAUGUGCAUUGGCCGGAGACUCUCCAGGAUUAUAUCACCGCCAUGCAGAUUUAUUGCAAUAUGCUGCUAUUUACAAAACAAAUCCAAAAGCCCUUCCACUAUCUAUUCGAAGAAAGAUUGAGAAACUUAAUCCUGAAGCGGAAUUCGAAGCAGCCAAGCAGUUACUUAAAGGAGAUACACAACACCCAGAUGUCGAUACCGCUUUGACAACGAACGUCCCACAUAUUGUAAUUGAUGCGAGCUGUGAUGGCGUCCUUUUUUUUGAGAACUCCGAGCAAGCAGAAUGCAUUCCUCUAUGUGUGAUUGUACAUUCAGUAAGCGAGAGUUGCGAUCCAUCACGAAGCAAGCCUAUCUUAUUACAGAAACGUUCUCCUAUAAUCGUUGGUGUUGCUCACUGCAAAGAGAAGCCAGAUGUUAAUUCGUUUUUAUCUGCCUUCAUUGAAGAACUGACAAGACUGGAUCCGAAUAACGACGGAGAUACUACCUUAGGCCGCCAAUUCACCGUUUCCAUUCGUUGUGUCAUCGCUGACUGGCCAAUGCGGUCGUAUUUAAAAAGAGUAAAAGGUCAUACAGGAUACUGGAGCUGCGAGCGGUGUGUGCAGUGUGGUGUUGCGUGUGACAAUCAUUCGAAUCAGAGAAAUUCAAAAAAGAAGAAGAAAAAAACAAUUCAGUUUUUAGAAGUGAACGCCCCUCGUAGAACUAACGAAGACUUUCUGACUUAUAUGAAAUCUGACGACUGCCUUGACGAACAUCUUAAUGGACUUCACGAUCUCAGUCCAUUUCUGAAAUGGAAUUUUCCGAUGGUGUCCGGUUUUGUUGUAGAAUCCAUGCAUACAUUUUACGCUGGGUGUGUAGGCGGAAGACUCAAGGGUAUUGCCGGAAAAGCAAACGAAGGUAAAUUGAGCGCAUCACAACUUCUUCAAGUUGAUCAACGGUUAAAACUCUUUGAAAAAUGUAAACCUUGUGAAUUUGAUAGGCAUGUCAGAAGCCUUAGCAAGUGCGCUAAGAAGUACAAGCAUCACGAAAUAAGAGAUAUGCUGAUGUACAUUUUGAUUCCGGCAUUUUGUGGGAUCUUGCAGGAUGAGCACUUAGACAACCUUUUAUUGCUUCAGUAUUCCAUGUUGUUGAUCGGUGGUUUUGCCAACGAUCCAGUCUCCCACGACAAUAUAAUGGAAGCGUCUCGAGUUUUGAAGAUGUAUGUUGAGCAACUGAAACAUUUCAAGUACCCGAUCCGACCGACUACUCACUUAUCGUCACACUUACCGGAAGAUGCGUUGAAUCAUGGGUGUGGGGUGGAAUCAUUAAGUGCGUUUGUAUUCGAAAACUUCUACAGAUUUUUCCGGAAUAUUCUCGCUUCGGGAAACCUGCCGUUACAACAGAUAAGAAAUAGGCUUGUUGAAAGAUCAAAGUACUUGCUGCCAACUUCUGCUGACGGAAUGAUCAUAAAUUCUUCAAAACAAUUUGAAAUUGAAGUGAAAAAAUUAGAAGCAAAGCACAGUGGCCAAAAGAUAGUAGUAAAGUUUGCUCAAUGGAAAGGACUGAAGAAAAUUGUGUUCCCUGAUUUUGUGCUGACUAAUCAAUAUCCGAACAAUGUCUGUUUAUUAAAAAAUGGAAGUGUUAUUGUUUGCUGCGAUUUCAUUGAGUUUCCGAAGCAUAGCAAUAAUUUUCUGAUUGUUGGUUUCUCAUUUAAAAUAAAAGAAAAUGCUUGCGUGCAGCCCUACGUAUCAAGCAGAUACAACACAUUUAUUGUAUCGCAGUUGGACAAUCGCAUUAAUGAAUGGAAUUUAAAUAACUUACUUUGCAAAAUGUAUACUAUUCCUUAUAAGUUGAUAGACUAUUCCAAGUUACCUGACAUUACCCUGCCGAAUGUGCGCAACAGAUGGUUUGCUACUCCUAUCCGACACACAAUCUCAUAGCCACAAAAGUAAAAAAAUGUCUCCGUAAGUGAACCGCCGUGUACAUUUCGUCAUUGGUUGAUGUGUAUGACACAUUUGGAAAUAAAAGAACACAAUUUCUUCCUGUAA